UCUUUUGGCGCCUUGGGCUGUAAUCACAUUCUCUGAUUCUUUCUUUCUUUCUCUAUCUCUCCACACACGGUUAAAAGCUUUCCCACUAGUCUCUGCACAUGUCUUCUCCGUUCAUACACGAAGGUUCGUAGAGAAAGAGGGAGAGAUCCAAUGCGGUGCUCCCCACCGCACUUACCGUGCACUUCACUGGUCGUAUUGUUCUUGUCGGUGGCAACUGUCUGCUUAGCCGCCGACCCUUACGUUUUCUUCGACUGGACUGUCUCUUACCUGACCGCUUCUCCUCUAGGCACUCGCCAACAGGUUAUUGGGAUCAAUGGGCAGUUCCCUGGUCCCAUUCUCAAUGUUACUACAAACUGGAAUGUGGUUGUGAACGUGAAGAAUAAUCUUGAUGAGCCCUUGCUUCUCACAUGGAAUGGGAUCCAACAUAGGAAAAACUCGUGGCAAGACGGUGUUUUGGGCACUAACUGUCCUAUUCCUUCUGGUUGGAACUGGACUUAUGAGUUUCAAGUCAAAGACCAGAUUGGUAGUUUCUUUUAUUUCCCAUCUACAAACUUCCAGAGAGCAGCUGGUGGUUAUGGUGGCAUCAUUAUCAACAAUAGAGACAUCAUUCCAGUUCCUUUUCUUUUGCCUGAUGGAGAUGUUACUCUCUUUAUCAGUGAUUGGUUCACUAAGAGCCAUAAGAAGCUGAGGAAAGAUGUUGAGAGUAAGAUUGACUUUGGAGCUCCUGAUGGCAUUCUCAUCAAUGGCUUUGGACCUUUUCCUUACCGUAGUGAGCUCGCUUCGGGUGGGUUUCCUUAUGGGACAAUAAACGUUGAACCAGGAAGAACAUACCGUUUCCGUGUUCACAACAGUGGCAUAGCAACCACCUUAAACUUCAGAAUACAGAAUCAUAACCUACUUCUUGUUGAGACAGAAGGUUCAUACACAGUUCAGCAGAACUACACAAACAUGGACAUUCAUGUGGGUCAAUCUUUCUCCUUUCUAGUCACUAUGGACCAGUCUGGUAGUAACGACUACUACAUUGUAGCCAGCACAAGGUUUACCAAAUCAUCCUCAUCCCCCAAAGCUACCGGAGUCGCUAUCUUGCACUACUCUAGCUCCCAAGGACCCGCUUCAGGUCCACUCCCUGAUCCUCCUAUUGAGUCCGACACAUCUUUCUCAAUGAACCAAGCACGAUCCAUAAGGCUGAAUGUCUCAGCUGGAGCUGCUCGACCAAACCCUCAGGGAUCUUUCAAGUAUGGUCAGAUUACAGUAACUGAUGUCUACGUGAUUGUCAACAGUCCACCAGAGAAGAUAGAUGGGAGGUUGCGUGCCACUCUUAAUGGUAUAUCGUACUUGCCUCCUUCAACACCACUAAAGCUUGCUCAGCAGUACAACAUCUCAGGGGUGUACAAGCUGGAUUUUCCGAAAAGACCGAUGAAUAGGCAUCCUAAGGUUGAUACCUCUGUCAUGAAUGGCACUUACAAGGGGUUCAUGGAGAUUAUAUUUCAGAAUAGUGACACUACUGUUAAGAGUUAUCACUUGGAUGGUUAUGCAUUCUUUGUUGUCGGGAUGGACUUUGGUCUGUGGACAGAGAAUAGUAGAAGUUUAUACAACAAAGGGGAUGGGGUUGCUAGAUCUACUACGCAGGUGUUUCCUGGUGCAUGGACGGCUAUCUUAGUUUACUUGGACAAUGCUGGCAUGUGGAACCUUCGAAUAGACAAUCUCGCCUCAUGGUAUCUAGGACAAGAGGUGUACUUGAAUGUAGUUAAUCCUGAGAUUGACACAUCUGAGAAUUCUAUUCCUGAAAACACCAUUUACUGUGGUCGGCUCUCACCAUUACAAAGUGAUCCUAGGUCACAUGUAGUAGUUGAUGGAGAUGAACUUGUUGAGAUGAACCUGGGUCUUGGUGGUUUGUCUGCAGGGAUCAGUCACAGAGGGUAAACUUCUCGGGAUCAGCGAGGUCUAUAUUGGCGACAAGCAGAGGGAUUCUCCUUGCUCUUUUUGCAAUCUUGAUUAGUAGUUUAGCCAGAUGAGGACUCUGAGGUUUUCAAACAGGACUGGAGGAAGCUGCCAGCCACUACCAUCAUUAUUAAAAGUUGAUAAUGUUUGGUUUAGUAGCUUGAAGGUUACAGAUGCUGUUUUGUUAGUUAUGGUGUAGAAAUUAUUCAACUAUCCAUCAAGGCAUCAAAAUAUAUGUUUAUGCUUGAAUUGUAAUAGAAUAUUAUUUUUCAAGUUACAGCUGAGUAUGGUGGAUAUAAGAACUUGGUUAUUAAGACAGCAGUAAUCAUGUUUGUAAUAAUCAACAUAAUUAGUGAUUUUACUGCCAAGAAUUUUGUUAA